AACGCUUUCACUUUCACAUGUGAACAGGAAGAGACGCAGAAAAAACGCACCGAGUCCGUGAUCUGGAGCCGACACGGACCGGGAGCUUCCUGUGACCGGAAGCGACAGGUCUGAGUCUAGAACCACUGGCUGGAGGUUUUCCUAAAUAUAGACUCAUGAUGAGCCUUGAGCCCGAGGUGGAGAAGAAAUACGACCCCCUGGACAAAUCCCUGAAGCUUGUGACGAGGAAGGAUGACUUGGAUCCAGUGUGCUCUGCAGAUGGUGAUGGAGGCCUCAGAGCAGAGAUGUCCUGUGGCCACGCUGUCACUCCUGACUCUCUAACACUGUGGUGUCGCAGCCAGCUCCAGAAGGGAAUUUACCAAUUCAAAUGUCCGGCAAUAACAGAGGGCGUGAAGCAGUGCAAUAAACCGUGGUCGUACCAGGAGGUGCGCAGGCUGGCGGAUCUGUCUGUGGACGAGAUGCAGGAGUUCGAGGAUCGCAUCGCUCAUCUGGCUGCUGCUCAAUCCUGGGAGAUUCAGCCGUGUCCACAGUGCAACACCAGCGUGGAGCGGAAGGACGUGUCCAACCUGUGCGUCCGGUGCCCGGUGCGUUCGGCCGAUCAGAAGGAGACCCACCAGUUCUGCUGGCAGUGCCUGAAGCCGUGGAAGGGUCCGGGUCCACGGAGCGACCGCUGCGACAACGACGGCUGCGUGGACGAGUACCUGCAGCUCCCGCAGACGUGCGGGACCGUCAGUCUGCCUGCGGUGACGGGCGCCUCCCGCUGCCCCGCGGUCCGAGCGUGUCCGACGUGCGGCGUGAAGGUGGAGCACAGCCGGCAAAACUGCAAGAAUGUCGCGUGUCGUCGCUGCCACGUCGCGUUCUGUUUCGUGUGCCUGAAACUCAAGAGUGGGUGCAUCCAGACGAGCUCCCCGUAUGAGACGUGCCCCGGUGGAGCGGCCCCAAGACAGACGUCUGUCCCCGCGUGGAAGGGAAAGUGACACUGGACCACCGAUAGUAUCUCAAAGCAGCUACAGAAAGACUAAAUAAAGCAAAUGUGACAACA